AUGCUGUCGACUGCACAUGGGCAGGUGACCGCACAGCCAGCACCACAAAGAAAGUGGCAGAAAGAGCUCAACUCCUUGACCCUCGCACCUCGUGGGCGGGUCUGUCCGGAUACCUGGAUGCUCUGCGAUGUUUUGAAGAACACGCCGAGGGUUCGGUGGCAGGCGGCGAUUCAGCUGCUGAUUCUCUCCUCGCGGAAGGGCCUGGCCCCAAGCGUGUUCUCACACACUGCUGCCAUGGGCAUUUGUCAGCGAGGGAGUGGCUGGCAGGAGGCUUUUCAGGUUUUUUUCUCGAUGCCUCUGCUCAGGGUCUCUGCAAACACUGUAACCCAGAACUCCUGCAUCAGCUCCUUUGAAACACGCUUCCAGUGGCAACGAUCGCUUCUGCUCCUCUUCAGCACGUCCAUCACCGCUGUCCAGCCAGACGGAAUAUCCUUCAAUGCUGCGACAACGGCGUGCGUGAAGGGUAGGCAGUGGAAAGCCUCCUUGCAGCUGCAGCAGGACAUGACCAGGAGCAGUGUGCUGCCGGAUGUUAUCAGCUACAACGCCACCAUCGCUGCAACUGAGGAAGACGAGCUCUGGGAACGAGCUCUUGGUCUUCUUUUGGCUAUGUCAGGGCAUGAAGUCAGGCCAACAGUCGUCUCCUUUAACUCCGCAAUCAGCUCCUGCCCUUGGCAAGCCUCCCUAGACCUACUUUCUGAGAUGACACUGGCAAGAGGGAGGCCGGAUGUGAUCAGCAUCAACUCUUCCAUCAGCUCCUGUGCAGAGGCAUCUCAAUGGCAGGAGACGCUCCACUUGCUCUCCAACAUGCCAGCUUGGCGCAUCGAAUGUGAUGCGGUCACUGUCAGUGCAGCCAUGACUGCAUGCAUCAAUGCCGAGUGCUGGUGGAUCGCCCUGGAGAUAUUCGACAACAUGCCGGCACUCGCAGCUGUUCCGGACAUGGUCGUUUACACCGCCGCCAUCGCAGCAUCGGAGAAAGCGGGCGACUGGCAGAUGCCUCUUUGCCUCCUCGAGCGGAUGCUCCAAAGGCACCUUCGCCUGGACGUCUACACCUGCAGCGCUGCCAUCAGCGCCUGCGAGGCUCAGGGGCACUGGCGGGAGGCCGUACUGCUUCUCUCCUCCAUGCGUGGCUGGCAGAGCCAGCCGAAUGUGUUCAGCUUCAGUGCCGCCCUCAGCGCCUGUGAGAAGGCUGGAGAGUGGAGAUUGGCUCUCAAAAUCCUAGAAGAAAUGCCAGAGAGCCGUGUGGCACCAAACACGAUCACCUACAACGCCCUCCUUUCUGCCAUCGAGAAGUCCGGACAGUGGCAGUUGGCCUUCCAGCUUCUCCUUGAGAUUCCGGAGGCGAAUGCCAUCAGCUUCACAGCCGCUUUAGCCGCCUGCAAAGCUCAGAGUGCCUGGGAGUCUGCCCUCGCGCUGCUGUCAACUCGAAUGCCUGAUGCCAGGAUUGCUCCCAGUGUUUUAAGCUACGCCGCCGUGGAGGCGUGUUGUGAGGACAGCGACUGCCUUCGCCCAGUCGCCGAGCUGCUGUCAGAGGAGCUUGCGGACGUCGAAAUGCCUGUGAGGGAAGAACCAGGGCACUUGCAGCAUAAGGACCUACCUCCACCGGGAAAUCCGAGGCUGGAACGGGGAGUCAUCGACUGCUGCGCGAGGGCACGGCAGUGGCAGAUGGCCCUUCAGGUCUUGCUUGGAAUCUUCGCAGCGAAUUCGGUGCCAAAUGUUUUUAGCUUCAGUUCUGCCAUCACGGCAUGUGAGAAGGGCUCGCAGUGGCAGUUCUCACUGCAGCUCUUAUCCAUGAUGACAUCGGUCAGCACUGCGCCGAACGUAGUCAGCUUUAAUGCGGCCAUCACUGCUUGCGGCAAGAGUGAGGAAUGGCCAAGAGCCUUGUCUUUGUUGGCGCAGAUGCCUGCUGCAGGAGUUGAACCGGACCGGAUCAGCAUCAAUGCAAGCAUCAGUGCCUGUGAGAAGUCCAGCCAAUGGGAAAUUGCAGUGUGGUUACUGCAGCAGAUGACUGAGGAUCGACUCAGGCCCGGCCAUACCACCUUUAAUUCCACCAUCAGCGCCUGUGAAAAAGCUGGCAAGUGGCAGAUGGCAUUGUCUAUUUUCUCGCAGAUGCAGAGCAAAACGAUGCAGCCUGACCAGGUCUCUUUCAAUGCCACCAUCAGCGCUUGCGAGAAAGGUGGGGAGUGGCAGAUAUCUCUAGGACUCUUCUCGGAGCUGAUCCUAUAUGGCCUGCAGCCCGACCACAUCACGCUGAAUGCCCUCUUGAGCGCAUGUGAGAAGGGAUACAAAUGGCAGAUGGCUUUGCUCUUGCUUCAGCAGAUGCCUGGAUUCGGGUUGGACCCCGACCACAUCAGCUUCAGUGCUGGCAUAAGUGCAUGUGAGAAGGGCUGUGCCUGGCAGAUGGCCCUGCAUUUGCUCUCUGAGUUGCCCUCAGCCGGACUGCAGCCGGACGUGAUCACUUGCAAUGCCACCAUCAGCGCUUGUGAGAAAGCCGGUGAGUGGCAGAUGGCUUUGCAGCCGUUUUCGGAGAUGCCGGCGGUGCGUUGUGCACCCAACCAGAUCAGCUUUAAUGCUAGCAUCAGUGCAUGUGAAAAAGGGAGUGAGUGGCCCAUGGCUUUAGUCGUUUUCUCUGGACUGUCGGUGGGUGGAGUUGAACCUUCCCAAAGAAGCUUCAAUGCCAGCAUCAGCGCCUUGGAGAACAACGGCGAGUGGCAGAAGGCCGUGCAGAUCUUGUCUGAAAUGCCUCUAGCGAACCAGAUAAGCAGCGUCAUCCACCGAGCUGCGUGCAUCAGUGCAUGCGAAAAAGGGAGGCAGUGGCAACUGGGUCUUCAGCUGUUCGAUGCGAUGCCGAAGGCCCACCUGGCGCCAGACAUUAUCAGCUACAGCUCGGGGAUCAGCUGCUGCGAGAAGGGGAGCCAGUGGAACUUCGCUCUGGGUUUGUUCAACGCCAUGUGCACUUCCAAGCUCACUCCCGAUGACAUUGUCUGCAACGCGACCAUCAGCUCGUGUGAUAAGGGCGGCCGCUGGCAACUGGCAUUGGAAGUCUUCCACUCUAUGGCCGAAAGAACCGUGAGGCCUGAUACGAUCAGCUUCAACGCGAGCAUCAGUGCAUGCAAGAGGGCCGGUCAAUGGCAACUCGCUCUGCAGCUCUUCAACGGCAUAGCGGCGGCCACACUUUCUCCUACCGUCGUUAGCUACAGCGCUGCCAUCAGCUCCUGCGAGAGGGAGGGCCUCUGGCAGAUGGCCAUCUUCUUCUUCCACUCUAUGCAGGAAGCAACCCUUGCCCCCGACGUCAUCAGCUGCAGCUCACUCCUGAGCUCCUGCGAGAAGGGCGGGCAGUGGCAGCUGGCCUUGCAUGUCUUCAACUCCAUGCCGACCAUGAAAGUCACACCAGACAACAUCACCUACAAUGCUGCCAUCACCUCCUGCGAGAGGGGCGCUCAAUGGCAAGCCGCCCUGAACUUGUUCAGAUCCAUGCCAUCCGUUCAGCUGGUGCCCAACUUGAUCGGCUACAACACCACCAUCAGCUCCUGUGAGAAGGGGGGCGAGUGGAGCCUUGCUCUGGAGAUCUUUAGCACGCUGCAACGAUCAAGGAUCUCCCCCGACGUUAUCAGCUACAAUGCUGCCAUCAGCGCCUGUGAGAAAUGCUCGCACUGGGCUGCGGCUUUGGAGCUGUUCGCGUCCAUUUCCCGAGCUCGCUUGGAGCCCAACGUCGUCAGCUACCGAGCAGUGCUGGGCUCCAGCACUUUGCGUUCAUGUUCCGCGGCCGUGCAAGCAUCUGUCUUGGCCAUGAUCAAGACGCACGGCGUUCCCACAGAAGACCCGAGAUAG